AUGAAUGACUUCACCAAGCUCUUCAAAAAGUCUUUUGGCCUUCCGUGGAAGAACGGAGGUUAUCACCAAACUACCUUCACAUUCAACCCAUCCCCAUAUAGCAUGAAGGUCCUACAUAUUAAGGAUUCUCGGCCAAACGAAAAAUUUUUUGUAUCUGUUCCUAAGGCUAAAGUGGCGUCUCUUGUUUUUGGCCCUUCCUCAGUCGACGAGUCGCAGACGGCAGUGGUCGGAGCCAAGAUCGGUAGCGGGUUCCUAGUGUAUGUUGGGGAUGUUAAUCCGGAAGAGGGCUCUAACAAGGUGAUUCUGACAUUAUAUGGAUUGUAA